UUCACCAAAGCAACCACCAUUUUCUUGCUCUGCUUCUCUCAACAAAUUGUACCAUCGUCUCCGAUCUUGCGACGGCGGAUUUGAAAAUUUCUCCGGCAGAGAGAGCGUCGGUGAUUGGAAGCAGUAAUGGCGAUCGCGUCGGUGGUCGUGGCUUGCGUGAUCGCAGGAAUCGGUCUCGGGCUGUUUCGAGACGGUAAUGAAGUCUCCGGAGUUCAGAUUCUUUCGAAAUCGAAGCUUGAGAAGUGCGAGAAGACCUCCGCCUCUGGGAAUCUCAAUUGCUCCAGUAAGAUCGUCUUGAACCUCGCCGUGCCCAGUGGAUCUAGUGGCGGAGAGGCUUCGAUUGUGGCGGAAAUCGUCGAGGUGGAAGAUAAUUCUACGGAUAAGAUGCAAACAGUAAGGAUUCCACCGGUUAUUUCAGUGAACAAAUCAGCAGCAUAUGCUCUGUAUGAUCUGACAUACAUAAGGGAUGUUCCGUACAAACCUCAAGAGUAUUUCGUUAAGACGCGAAAAUGUGAACCAGACGCUGGACCUGAAGUUGUACAGAUCUGCGAGAGGUUGCGCGAUGAGAAGGGUCAUGUUUUGGAGCAGACUCAGCCAACAUGUUGUCCUUGUGGGCCGCAGCGACGGAUACCUUCAUCUUGUGGAAAUGUCUUUGACAAGAUGAUAAAAGGAAAGGCAAAUACUGCCCAUUGUCUUCGAUAUCCAGGUGACUGGUACCAUGUUUUUGGCAUUGGACGAAGGUCACUUGGAUUUAGUGUCCGUAUUGAGUUGAAGACAGGAUCUAGAAUUUCGGAAGUAUUUGUGGGUCCUGAAAAUAGGACCGCUACUUCAAAUGAUAAUUUUCUUAGGGUUAAUCUCAUUGGAGAUUUCGCUGGUUAUACCAACAUUCCUUCUUUUGAGGACUUUUACCUUGUCAUUCCAAGGGAGGUACAGAAAACUGUCUUUCAUGUAAACUACUAUCAAUUUGACAACUUGUCCCGUAUUAUAAAGCUAGAGAACUGUUCUGGUAAAAAGGCUGCACCAGGACAACCAGGGAAUUUGGGCAGAAACUACUCGAUGUGGAUGCUACUUGAGAGAGUGAGAUUUACAUUGGAUGGCUUAGAAUGUAAUAAGAUUGGUGUUAGUUAUGAAGCUUUCAACACCCAGCCUAACUUCUGCUCUUCACCGUUUUGGAGUUGCUUGCAUAACCAACUAUGGAACUUCCGGGAGGCAGACGUAAAUCGGAUCAACCGUCAUCAACUUCCCUUAUAUGGGCUGGAAGGAAGAUUUGAGAGGAUUAACCAGCAUCCAAAUGCAGGGUCUCAUUCCUUCUCCAUAGGUGUGACAGAAGCACUGAAUACAAAUCUGAUGAUCGAACUUUCCGCUGAUGAUAUAGAAUACGUCUUCCAGAGGAGCCCUGGUAAAAUCUUAAGUAUUGCUAUCCCAACAUUUGAGGCACUUACACAGUUUGGAGUUGCUGCGGUCACAACCAAAAACACCGGUGAAAUUGAGGCGUCGUACAGUUUAACGUUCGAUUGCUCCAAAGGCGUUGCCUUCGUCGAGGAGCAAUUUUUGAUAAUGAAACCCAAAGAGGUAACAUCCCGAUCGUUUAAGCUGUACCCCGCGACAGAUCAAGCUGCAAAAUAUAUGUGUACAGCUAUUUUAAAGGAUUCACAGUUCAGCGAAGUAGAUAGAGCUGAAUGUCAGUUCAGCACUACAUCUACCAUACUUGAAAAUGGAUCUCAGAUUACGCCAUUUCAGCCACCAGAGACAAGGGCAAAGGGGUUCUUUGAAUCGAUUCGGGUCAUGUGGAAGAAACUGCGGGAUGGCGUAGUCGAUUUCAUAACAGGAGAAACUUGCAGAAACAAAUGCUCGAAUUUCUUCGACUUUGGAUGCCAUAUCCAAUACGUGUGCCUGAGCUGGUUGGUGUUGUUCGGCCUCCUCCUCGCCAUCUUCCCAGCCGCGUGCAUAGUCGUAUGGCUUUUACACCAGAAAGGGCUCUUCGACCCCAUCUACGACUGGUGUGACGAUCAUUUCGGCUCUCCUGAUUACCACCACGGCAGAUUCCACACCUUAAACUCUGACCGCCGCCGCCACCAUCACGGCCACCACCACCGCCGUGUCGAAACACAGCACCGGCGCAGGACAGCCACCAAUCGGAAGAAGACACGUCACCACCACCACCACCACCGCAAGGAAGACCAAGAAGACGACGUGGAACAACAGAGGGAUCCCGAGUAUUACGACUACUAUAUUCACCAUGUGCGCAAGGACGGUGGCGUCGGCGUCGGCAAGCAGAAGCAUCGCCGGAGGACCAACCACCACCAUGGAAGCGUCGCACGUGACUGUCACGUGAGAAAGCUACGGGGAUAGGAUGUGGAAGGCCUUUUUUUUCUUCUUAUUUUUAGCUUUUCCCUGAACGUCACGAAAGACAAUCAGCCAGCCACAUUCCGUUUUGUUAUUAUGUAAAAGAAAACUCUAUUAUCAUAUAUCCUUUUGCAAGUGUGUAUUUUUUGAACA